AGUAGUGAUUUUGAAGUUAUCAAUUUAAAUGCGUUUAUUGCCGGGAUUUAUUAAUUAUACUCUAAUAUUUGUCAUAUUCAAAUAGACAGAGAGUAUUUAAAUGAGUGAAAUAUCCUAUCAUUGGUACUGUCAAAUAUAUUAAAUCAAAUCAAAUCAAAUCAAUUAACAACUAUGACUUCAUUUGAUCAUAUUUUCGUCUCCGGUGCUACUGGAUACAUUGCUCAACAUAUUAUUUCUCAAUUAUUAUCUUCAGGAAAGACAGUUAUUGGAUCAGUUAGAUCAAUUGAAAAAGGUGAACAUCUUGUUAAGGUUUUCCAAGAUUCCAAAUUCUCUUAUGUGGUAGUUCCAAUCUUAGAAAAGGAAGGUGCCUUUGAUGAAGCUUUAAAAUCACAUCCUGAAUUAUCAAUUUUCUUACAUACUGCUUCACCUGUCCUGCGUCAAAUUGAUUGUAAAGAUCCUGAAAAGGAAAUCAUGAUCCCGGCUAUUGAUGGUACAAAAUAUGUUCUUAAAUCAAUCAAACAACAUGCUCCUCAGAUUAAAAGAGUGGUUUAUACAAGUUCAAUUGUUGCUUGUGCCAAUCCUGAGAAAUUUUUAGAUCCAACUUUUGUAUGUGGAGAAUCUACAUGGGGAGAUAUGACUUAUGAACAAGCUAAAACUAAUGGAUUUACCGCUUAUGUUGGAUCAAAGACAUUUGCUGAACGUGAAGCAUGGAAAUUUAUUGAAACUGAAUCACCAAAUUUCACUCUUACUUCUAUAAAUCCAUUAUACGUUUUAGGACCUCAAAUUGAUCCAACCAAGACUAAAGAUUUAAAUUUAUCAGCUCAAAUUGUGGGUAAUGUACUUAAUUUGAAACCUGAUGAACCAAUUCCAGUUUUUGGAGGGGCAAUGAUUGAUGUUAGAGAUGUUGCUAAAGCUCAUAUUUUAGCAUUUGAAAAGGAUGAAGCUCAAGGAAAAAGAUUUGUUCUUGCGGAAGCAUAUUUCACUAAUCAAACAUUACUUGAUAUUAUUAGAAAGGAAUUUCCUGAAUUACAUGAUGUUUUACCAGUGGGUGUUCCUCAUGAUUAUGAUUUUUCAAAUAGAGCUGCAGCUGAUGAUAAGAAUGCUAGAUCGAUUUUGAAAAUUGAUUAUAUUUCUCUUGAAACAUCAGUUAAGGAUUCAAUUAGACAAAUUUUAGAUAAUUAAAUAGCCCUAAAAUAACUUUUAAAUAUACAAGAACGCUAUGGUCUGGAUAUCGUACUUCAAUAGUAAACCUCAUAUUAUAUAAUUUCUCUAUCAACCCCAUUCUUUAAAUACUUUAUUGAUGAAAAACAAAUAUAUACUGAUAAGUUGCGAAAUUUUUCAAAUUUUUCAAACCAAUUUACGAACUUUUUCACAUGAUGAAACUAUGAUGUGAAAAAGCCGUUUGAAUCAAAGGAUAUAAAUAAAAUAUCAAUGAUCAGAGGCACAGUA